AUGACGGAACAAAUACAUUCGAUAAAAGUGCAAGAUACAUGGCGGGGUAUGGAAGGCGUGUAUAAGAAGGGACUUGCUAAAGCUAUAGGCGUCUCGAACUACAACUGCGAACAGAUCGAACGGGUCGUCAAAAGCGCUACGGUGCCAAUCCACAAUUGCCAGGUCGAACUUCAUCUGUAUUGGCCUCAGCACGAGCUGCAUGAGGUUUGCAAGAAGCACAACAUUUCUGUCACAUCUUAUGGCUCCUUAGGAUCACCCGGUCGAGUCGGUUUCAAGGCUUUGCCAAAGGGACCGGAGAUGGUAUGGCCAGAAGCUCCAAAUCUUCUAGAUGAUCCCAAUGUGAAAUCUCUAGCCACAAAGUACUCCAAAACUCCGGCCCAGGUUUUGCUACGUUACGUGAUGGAGCGAAACAUUGCAAUUAUACCCAAAUCUGUGAAUCCGUCUCGAAUUGUGGAGAAUUUCCAGGUGUUUGAUUUUGCUCUAACUGCAGAAGAGAUGAAGUUACUGGAAUCCGCGAAACAUCGUCAAAGACUUUUUUGGCAUGAUUUCAUGGAAGGUCAUCCGGAAGAUCCUUUCAAAGCAGAUAGGAAACACUGA